CAGGUUUCCGUACAGAAUCCAUCUGCCCAAGUUAACGUCAGCACGGGAUCCGGCAGUGGCUCGGUCAAUGUCCCCGGCGUCGGUCGAAUCUGCUUUGCCGGUGGAUGCCGUCGCGCUCUCCUCAGCGCCGUUGUUAGCAGUACGGACGGUUCCAUCGGCUACAACCACCGCAGCCGUGCAUUGCAGCAACAGAAAGGUGCCGUUCGCGCCGCGGGGGAUAUCCUGCUACAGCGCAAGAUUGAAAUACUGGAGAAGAUAGCCGCACGCACAAGCGACCAGAGCGGAAGCGACUCGCAGGACGAAAGCGCCUGAGUGAGGCUGUUUCACACGUGAGGUUUUCUUAUUAGUAUCAGCACGUCUGUAUGCCGUACAUGUUGGGUGUAGUUGCUACUUGCUUGUCGUUGCAUGGGGUGUUGACGUACCGGUAUGGAGAUCCCGCAGAUGAGAGAUAAGA